CGCAGCCGGGUUACCAGCCCCCUGAGCUCCUGAGCUCGGACAAUGGAUUCAUCAAUCCAGAAGGUCAGUGAAGGUCAGCCGAGCACCGGCAAAUGGGGUUUCGCAAGCGGGGUCCCUGCAGAGCCAUGAACAUGCCGGGCGUCGGGGUAUAUGUUCUCCACACCCGCUCCCGCCCCGUCAUUCCUGGGAGAGCUGUCGACGUGGCGUCUCGGGCGGCCUCAUGUCGUCGUGGAAUAAUUUCUCCGCCGGGCCUCACGAUGACGGACCUCAGGCGAUUAGCGAGGAGCUUCCGGCUUGCGGGUCCUGUCGCAGGAGGAAGCUGAGGUGCUCGAGGGAGCAUCCAGCAUGUUCGCAUUGCGAAAGGCUCGGCAUCGCAUGCGUCUAUGAACCUAGGCAGAAGCCUGGAUUGAAAGCUGGCGCUGUUGAAGCGCUGGCUCGCCGCGUUUCAUUUCUUGAGCAAAUCCUCCUGGAUGAAAGCGGUCGAAUUCGACCUCAAUUCCAUCUAGGGGAUGACAUUGUAGCUGCACGACAGGAAGGCGCUCCGGUGAGAGAGCCGACGCAGCCUCCCAAUAAUGAUCGUGGCAGACCGUCAGCAGACCUCAAUCCCUCAGAAGCGGCGGUUGCUCAAAGCACAAGUGAGACAAAUGGAGUCGUCAACUCAGGAGAACAUGCAACGAGAAAACGCAAAUUGGAUCAGUCAUUCAAAGGCUCAUUACUAGACAUUGGCCUGGACGACAUAUUUGACUACUUGCCAUCACAACCCCUCCUGGUCAAAUUAGUCGACUAUUUCUGCGUAACGUUCCAUCAUUGGAUCCCAUACCUGCACAAGAAGCGACUGCAAACCAAAGUCCGUCAUCUUACACGAGACCCACAACUGAGUCUCAUACUCCAUGCACUUGUCGCGGCGACUUUACGGCACUUGGAUCAGAAUGUCUCUUUCAUGGACAAGGAUGAGAUAUUGCACCAGACGCAGAUCUCCAGGUUCAUUGCGGAGACAUUUGCUUUGAAGAAUAUCUCGUUGGAGAGCCUGCGGGCACUUAUUAUCAUCGUCUUUGACUAUCUUAAUGAUGGUCAAUCCAGAAAGGCAUGGCCGUUGAUCGGUUCAUUAACACGAACAGUGGACUACUUGCAGUUGACUGUCGAGCCAACCGCGUCCCAGUUGGGUGCACUAAUGAAUCCACUGAAGCUAAUGGAACCGACUGAUGAUUGGACCGAGCUCGAGGAAAGACGGCGUUUAUUCUGGGUAAUAUUUCUAUUGGACCGCUUCUGCUCAGUAUCCACCGGCUGGAAUACAAGUCUCACCUCGGAGGAUGUUCAUCGACGCCUACCAGCUGAUGGAGGAUACUUCACCCGUGAAGAACCGGUCAUGACACCUUAUUUUGGCAUCUGGAAUAAAUCCUCUGCUAAGAUAGGAAAAUCUCUCGCUCACGUGCCGGCGCAGUAUAACGAAGAAGAUCCAGCUGCGGUUGGGGACCAGGCUCAAGGAACCAGCCCGGGAUCCGCUAACGGCUUGAUCGAUUCGUCUAAACUUGGAGCUUUUGCAUAUUGUAUAGAGGCUACAGAAUCACUGAGCCAAGUGACAACGUUUUUCCUGCAGCAGCGAAUCAAUUGGCAAGAUAGGGAACAUGCUGUCAAUUGGCUCACGCGGUUUAAGGAACUGGAUCUCCGUCUCGUACACUGGAAACUGUUCCUUCCUCCACGCUGGAAAGACUCCAACAUCUCGCCCAUCACCGAGGUGGUGGACAUGGACCCGAAUCUCACUCUAGCCCAUAUAACGCACAACACAUCGAUGAUACUUCUGCACUUCCCGAUCGCCUACCCCCCGAAAGAGUGGAACGCUUAUGUUGCUCUACCCAAAGAAUGCUCCGCCCAGACAUGCGAACUUGCGGCAGUGGAAACCUGCAAUAUUGUCAACAAAUUUCUGACCCACCGCGUCGUCUUCGUCAAUGUCCAGUUCGCCUUCUGUGCCUUCGUCGCGGCGAAAGCUCUUCUUUUCGAGAGCCAGGCAACGCGGAAACCACUACGACCUGAAUUUCGCAAGCUGAUACGAUCCCUGUGGGAGAUCUCAGCGAGGUGGCGAGCAGAGUCAUCUAACAGUGAAGAGACCCGCGUAUCCAGCCAAGCAGGCAUAUAUGCUCGUCACCUCGAAUAUCUCCACGACGCUUGCCAGCGCGAUCCACGCUUCCGCUUCGACCUCUACGACCACUCAUGCCAAAUCAAAGAAGCGGAGACGAUGACAAGCCCAGCUACCACAACAACCCCAUCGCAACCGGCCGACACGCCAUCGCGGGAGAAGUGGACACCGAUGGCGCCGCCUCGCCCACCCUCAACGACACUGCAACAGCUCCCCAGCAUCGGCAACAGCAGUCCCAGUCCGAAUAUGCCAAAUCUAGCCACCAUCCUGUACAACAACACCGCGCAAUCCCCAUCCUCCUACACUCCCCAACCCAGUCAUCACCAUCACCAUCAUCAACCACCCUCGCCAGCCCUCCCAGUCCCAACAUCCCCUUAUACCACCAUCCCGCCCCCUCUACCUCCCCCUCCACCCCGACCCUCUUCCUCUCGCCACCACCACCAUCACAACUUCUACAACUCCCUGCACACCCAUCCUUCCCCAACUUCAACGCCUCCCACCGCGCCACCAGGAGCUCGAUCCGCCGCCCCCCUUACGGCCGCUGGCGCUGCCGACUCGACGCGGCCGGUCCAGCAGGAGGACAGCUUACUCAGCUUAUCGGACGCGCUGAUGGAUUCGCAGUUUUUGGGCCUCGAUCGCGUGAUUACCUUCGAGGAGGGGAAUUUUUAUCUCCCUGGGGAUGGGUUUCGGUGGGGGUAG